AUGCAGACUCCAAAGCAGAGGCCAGGAUCCUUAGAGGUGCCUCAGAAGAAAUCUCCUACAGCAACUCCUAGAACUGCUCGUAAGCUCAAGACUGCAGAAGCUGAUCCUGUUUCAUCUCCCAACCCAAAAAUCAGGACGCCCAAAACUCAGAGCCCGAAAGUAGUUGCUGAUCGCCGUUCUCCUAAGACACCUGUAAAUGAGAUUCAGAAGAGGCGAACAUGGGGAACACCUGAAGUGGCGGCGUCUCAGUUAUCUCAGCUUCAAGAGGAGCUAAAGAAGGCAAAGGAAGAGCUAAGCGCUUCUGAAGCUUAUAAGAAACAAGCUCAAGAUGAAGCAAACGAAACAAAACAGCAGUUAAUGGAGAUCAAUGCCUCUGAGGACUCGAGAAUCGAUGAGCUUCGCAAGCUCUCUCAAGAAAGAGACAAAGCGUGGCAGUCUGAACUCGAAGCAAUGCAGAGACAACACGCCAUGGACUCUGCUGCGCUAGCCUCUGCAAUGAACGAGGUCCAGAAACUUAAAGCGCAGCUCUCUGAGUCUGAGUCAGUUGAAAACUUGAGGAUGGAACUCAACGAGACGCUAUCUCUUGUUGAGGAACUCAGAGGGGAACUGUAUGACGCAAAGGAAGGAGAAGCUAGAGCUCAUGAGAUUGUUUCAGCAACUGAGAAGCAGUUAGAGAUAGCUAACUUGACGCUAGAGAUGUUACGUUCAGAUGGGAUGAAGAUGUCUGAAGCUUGUAAUGCCCUUACAACCGAGCUAGAGCAGUCCAAAUCCGAGGUGAAGUCGCUAGAGCAGCUUGUGAGACAGCUGGAGGAAGAACGAGGUAACAACACUAACGAAGAGGACUCAUCAGCAGUGGAAGAGCUCAAAGAAGAGAUAAACGUAGCGAGACAGGAGAUUAGCCAGCUGAAGUCUGCUGUGGAAGUAACUGAGAGAAGGUAUCACGAAGAGUACAUCCAGAGCACGCUGCAGAUACGAAGUGCUUAUGAGCAAGUGGAGGAAGUGAAAUCCGGAUAUGCGCAGAGAGAGGCUGAGUUAGAUGAAGAACUGAAGAAAACCAAAGCUGAAAGAGAUGCUUUGCAUGAACGGUUGAUGGAUAAAGAAGCUAAGCUGAGGAUACUAGUUGAUGAAAACGAGUUACUGAACUUGAAAAUCAAAGAAAUAGAAGAAGUAAACUUAGAGAACAGCGAGCUCAAGAAGGUGGAAUCUGAUAUGAUGGAGCUGAGAGCCAAUCUAAUGGACAAGGAGAUGGAGCUGCAGAGUGUAAUGUCACAGAACGAGAGUCUAAGGAGCGAGAUGGAGAAGAUGCAGAGCGAGAAGGACAAGGCUAUUGCAGAGGCCUUGGAGAAGCUUGGAAGUCUAACGGAGGAAGCAGAUAAGAGUGUGAAGAGAGCUGAAAACGCAAGAGAACAGCUAGGAGCAGCACAAGUCACUAACACAGAACUAGAAGCUGAGCUUAGGAGACUUAAGGUGCAGUGUGAUCAGUGGAGGAAAGCAGCUGAAGCUGCAGCGUCUAUGCUCUCUGGUGGUAAUAAUAACAAUAACAGUAAUGGGAAGUAUGUGGAGAGAACAGGAUCGCUGGAGAGUCCGUUAAGGAGGAAUGUGAACAUGAUGUCUCCUUAUAGGGAUGAAACAGAUGAUGAUUUGUCUUCACCGAAGAAGAAGAAUGGGAGUAUGCUUAAGAAGUUUGGUGUGUUACUCAAGAAGAGUCAGAAGUGA